AUGCCACGUCGUUUUGAUGCCAACUUGAUCGUUGUCGAAAACCAACUAAUCAAUCAUUAUCUCACGUUCAAUAUGACAAUAACUCAAGCUGGUAGUAUUUUUCACUCUCGUCACACUUUUCGCACUUCUGAUUGUAUUCCACCACGCCAUCGACAACUGAUCUGCAUACUUGAAUGGGCUCAUCAGCGAGAUGGAGUGGCGUAUAUGUCGUAUGUGACUUCCCAACAAGUCACUGGAGGAUGGCAUCAUGCAACGCCAGUUAUUGCAAUUGAUCAAGGUGAUUUACACUCACCACGACCUUUUUGA